ACAAGGCUUUUUUGCUGAGCACGAAUUCUGACUUCAUACAGCAGCAGAGAGAGAUUCGUCCUUGUGCUGCGGAUUUAACACUGCUGUUCAACCCGAGUGAACCACAGGGGGAUUACACACACACACACACACACACACACACACACACACACACAAUCUCUCUCGCUGUCUCUAAUUCUUUCUCUUUGUGCCUUUCACUCUCCCUCUUUCUCUCCAGCUCUGCCUGUCCCUCUCUAUCCACCUCCCUCUCUCCUGCUCUAUCUCCAUGUCUGUCUCUCCCUUUCUAUCCAUCUCUCUCUCUCUUUCCCUCCCUCUUUCCCUCUGCAUCUCUCUCUCCUCUUGUCCCUCUCAGUGUCUUUCUCGCUACAUCUCUCCGCUUCUCUCUCUCUCUUUCUAUCCAGAUCCCUUUCCCCGUCUCCCCACUACUCUCUCUCCGUCAGCAUCAUCAGUAAUUAACUCCGUGCUGGAGUCUGUAGAGAUCUGGAUCUUGGCAGAUAACGCAGCGUGUGUUGGCUGUGAGUAGAACCUGCAGCGGCUCUCGGGACAGCGCUGGGAUUUAAACUCAUGACGUUGUGGUCACCGGAGCAGAACCUGAACCACAGAGCUACCGUGAAGUCCUGAGCACAGACGCGUUAGAUCGGAACGCUUCCAAACUGCCCAAUAAUCACCGCUAGCACAAAGUUCUGCAGACGUUUAAGAUCACUCACUCAGAUCACGCUGAUCACCACACAACCUGAACACAGAUUUGCUUCACACCAAACUUCUGCUUCAUCAGACCUCCAGUUCCUGAGAAAGAGAAACUGUAAAAGGUUCUUGCUAUGAACUCUUGCAAGAGAACUGGCCAUGGCAUGGACAGAACACUGAGCUCUUAUUGAUAAGUACAUCCUCAUCUCUCUCUCACACACACACACACACACACACACCCCGUGUAGGUCAUGUGCUUCCUGGACGACCCAGAUAACAAACUGACUCGAGGAGCCCGAGUUAGGAGACGUUUCCUCUGCACUGCAGUAAAUAAAACCCAGACUGAAACCACAUUAUUUCCUUUAAAAUAAGAAAUAAAUCAGUUACUUUUUCCACCACCAACAAAACAAACAUGUGGCACAAAGCGAUCAGUACUUUGCUCUGCUGCUAGUUAUGGAAGUGCUCUCUCCUGAAAAGGGUGUAGGGGUAAUGACGAAAUUCUGGUGUACAGAGUAACUACAGUAUCAUGGAACUGACAGGCACAAAGACCACACCCCCUUCACCGAGAUUGACAAGUACAGGAACCACGCCCCCUUCACCGGGACUGACAGCCACAAAGACCACACCCCCUUCACCGAGAUUGACAAGUACAGAAACCACACCCCCUUCACCGAGACUGACAAGUACAGAAACCACACCCCCUUCACCGAGACUGACAAGUACAGAAACCACACCCCCUUCACCGAGACUGACAAGUACAGAAACCACACCCCCUUCACCGAGACUGACAAGUACAGAAACCACACCCCCUUCGCCGAGACUGACAGGUAGAGAAACCACAAUCCCUUCACUGAGACUGACAGGUAGAGAAACCACACCCCCUUCACUGAGACUGACAGGUAGAGAAACCACACCCCCUUCACUGAGACUGACAGGUAGAGAAACCACACCCCCUUCACUGAGACUGACAGGUAGAGAAACCACACCCCCUUCACUGAGACUGACAGGUAGAGAAACCACACCCCCUUCACUGAGACUGACAGGUAGAGAAACCACACCCCCUUCACUGAGACUGACAGGUAGAGAAACCACACCCCCUUCACUGAGACUGACAGGUACAGAAACCACACCCCCUUCACUGAGACUGACAGGUACAGAAACCACACCCCCUUCACUGAGACUGACAGGUACAGAAACCACACCCCCUUCACUGAGACUGACAGGUACAGAAACCACACCCCCUUCACUGAGACUGACAGGUACAGAAACCACACCCCCUUCACUGAGACUGACAGAUGCCACACCCACUUCACUGGGGAAGAGACAGAAGUGGGAGAGAUAA